AUGAAGAUGUUUCUUGUGCUGUUAGUCAGCAUAAUGGGAGAGGAUUCAGGUUUAGCAUUAGCUCGUGCGGCCUGCCCUCCUCCUCCUGCGGUCCAGAAUGCCGCCUUCACUCCAGUCCAGUCAUCAUACACUGAUGGUGCAAACGUUACAUUCACCUGUAAUACUGGUUAUGGACUUCAAGGUAGUCGGAUACAUUAUUGCAGGGGAAGCAGUUGGGAAGGAUCCCUCAGAUGCUAUGAACAGUUUUGUGAGACAAUGAACAAUCCUAGAAAUGGUAUAAUUGUCGGAAACCCAUCCUACAAAAUUGGCACUUACAUCACAUUUCAAUGUAACACAGGCUACACAUUGAAAGGAAAUAGCCAGUUGCUGUGUCGUGAUGAUUUGAAGUUUGAUAGAAACCCACCAACAUGCGAUGUCCAUAUGUGUCCAGAUUUUGGGGUUAUAGAUCAUGCACGCAUUCGCAUUUACCAUGGAAGCUUUGUUGUAGUAACCUGUGAAGACUCAUAUGUGCUUGUACGUGGUAAGGCGAUCGUGGUUUGCCAGGCUGACGGAACUUGGGACCGAAAACCGGUAUGCAUACCGUUUAGUUGUGGUUGGUUUCAUGGGAUGGAUUCAAAUUGCGUGAAAGAUUUUGUACAGUUCGAAUCUCUGUAUUACAUGGAAUGUAAGACUGAUCUCCCAAAUACAAGAAUCGGAGCGGAAAGCUACGAGCCUAAUGAAUGUUUGGAAACAUCUCGGAAAUGGAAGUAUUCACAGUUUGGAUGCUUUUGCCAUUGUAAAGUAAUGUACAAUAAAAGCAUUGUGAAAACCGAAAACCUUGAUACAAAUGAUUAUCUGCUACACGACACUGAUUUGAAGUGGAGUUGCAAGGAGGGUUGCACGAAAAACCAAACUAAUGCUCUGAGAUGUAUGGAUGGACAGAUGGAAAUGCCGUCUUGCACUUGCGAAACUGGUGAUUUUCGUAAUUCUGGGAUAAAGCAUGAUCCCGGCGAGUACGACUCUUACUGCAAGGUGAACAGCGACUGUCAGCUUGGGUUUGUAUGCAUCAUGGGUACAUGUACCUGCGAGAGGUCUUUUUUCUACGAUAUGUCCUCCAGGAGGUGCAAGAAAGUGUGCCGAGGUUCCUCUGACAACUUUAUGAGACACGGCACAUACGACCACCAGUAUGACAUCUUGAAAAACCGCUACACCAACUGCUCCUACGUCGACGGCAACCUCGAACUAUACGGCCUCGAGAAGCCCUUUGACCUCGGAUUUCUUAAAGACAUCGAAGAGGUUGACGGUUACGUCUUCAUUGUCAAAGUGUUUUCAAAUUACCUCAACCUGACCAAACUGCGGAUUAUACGAGGAAAACAGCUGUUUCAGUACAACAACGAAAGUUACAGCCUCUAUGUGGCUCAGAAUUACAACCCACGGAACGAUUCCCAGGGUAUUCUGGAGCUUCAGUUCCUAAGCCUGUCGGAAAUUGUCCAUGGCAAAGUGUUUUUCGAUAAAAACGACCUGCUUUGCUUCGUGAACUCAAUAGAGUGGACAGACAUAAAUCCAAACACACUUGUACUUUUUAGUCGGCAAUGUCCGCCAUGCCCACCAGAAUGUUUCAACAAAAAGACUGGAGAUUACCAUUGUUGGGGAAGUGGAAAGGGGAUGUGCCAGAAAUUGAAUUACAUCAAGGUGGUGUGUUCCGAGGCAUGCGAUGGCCGAUGUUUUGGUGAUCAACAAAACCAGUGCUGUCACCCAGAGUGUGCUGCAGGAUGUACUGGGACCAAGAAAACAGACUGCCUGGCCUGCAAGAAUUUCAACAAUGAGGGCUCCUGCGAGCAACAUUGUCCGGGGAUGACGUUCUACAACAAAACAGAGAUGAGGAGGGAAAACAACACGUUGGGGCGAUAUGCAUACGGAUCAUGGUGCGUUAAAGAAUGUCCACUGAACCUGGUGAAGGAUCAGGAUUCUUGCGUGUUGAAUUGUACCAAAGACAAACAGCCAGAUCCGAAAACCAAGAUCAGUGAGAAGACGCCACCAUCAGGUGAUAAUACUCCUACAAUUGUGUCGGUACCUGUCAGUGUGGGUUUAGUUAUAUUGAUAAUUGUAUUAUGCUGUUGCAAGAAGAGGAUACGUGAUUCACCUUGUAAUCAAAGAGCUCGAGACAGACAGAACAUAAGGCAAACUACAUAUAAUGUCACCAUAAAUGUGGGUCAAGACUUAGUGGUGAUCACAAACAACUCAAACUCAAAGAUUGGUGGAUUAGGGGAAAGUAGCGGGAAAACAGGUUAG